AAAUGAGUCGGUCGUCUGCUCUAAGCGUGACUUUAAAAAUUCUCCAGCUGAUCACCUGCGUGGCGGCUCUGAUUUACAAGAAGCUUACCGAUAAUCGUGCACGCAUGACCCAGAGAAUCCAACAGAAAAGUCUCAACGAAUGGAAUCUAUUGCAGAAUGUAAGCUGGUCGCAAGAGGGCAGUGACUUCAGCAUAUUCACCUAUGCAGGUUACACCUUUAUAAUAGCCGUGUGUUUGCUGGAAAGAUUCAUUAACUAUCGUAAGAUACCCAGCACCACAGAUACUCUGUUCUUGAGAUUUGGUAUGAUAAUAUUUUGCCUUCAAGGUAUUAUGGUCUUCUACACAGUGGAAUAUGUCCAUGAGAAUAUCCAAUUGAAUGCUUUGGUCUUGGGUGCGUUGAGUUUUCUGGUGGCCAUUCUCUUCUUCCUGGAAGAUUGUUGCACCGCAAGGAGCCUGCGUCGGGACAACAAAUUCAUACAAACCGAAACUUUGAAACCCAUCUCUUCCAUACCGAUUAAACCCACCGAUGACGAUGUGUUGCAUACGUAUGUUUGAAGAGACUGGCAGUUGUUGUUU